CUUCCUCAUUUGUAAGAUGUUAGAUCUGGGGAAAGACAGGCUCUAUGAAUGGGGUGGCCCAUGGGGUGGUGUGGAGGAACACAGAAGCACAGGGCGCUGGGAGAGGAGCAGGCAUGAGGUGUGGUCCCUAAGAUGGUAUUUCUAGACUCCAGCCACCUUUGGGUCUGACCUCUUUGUUUUGCAGAAGGGGAAACUGAGUCUUGGGUAGGGUGUAGCAGGACAAGCCGCAGACAAAACUCUUCAGACGCUGGAUUAAAGAAGGAAGAGGUUAUUCGGCCGGGAGCAUCGGCAGACUUGCGUCAAGAGUCAAGCUCCCUGAAAAAGACAUUCUUGGCCUUUUUAAAGGCUUACAACUUUAAGGGGUCCACGUGAAAGGGUCGUGACAAAUCGAGCAAGUGUGGGGAACGUGACCAGGGGCUACAUGCAUCAGCUAACAGAACAGAAAGUUUUGCAAUGCUUUCUCAUACAAUGUCUGGAAUUUACAGAUAACACAAGUAGUUUAGGUCAGGGGUUGAUAUUAUUAUUAUUAUCACUUUUUUUUAACUACCAGGGCCAGGUGGCUGCGCCAAGGUCUUCUGGCUAUUUCUCUUACUUCUGUUUUUUUUUUUCUAACUUUUUGCUUUCUCUCUUUCUUCCUGUCUUGUAAACCAGGCAACGUGGUAGGAGGAGGACAGCAGGAGUAAUAGUGGUCUCCUUCCUUAGGGGAAGCAUUGAGGGAAGGCUGGGAGUGGGGGGUCGAGACUUCCUUGCUAUUCUGGGCCAUAACAUUCCACAUAAUAUUAUAAUAUAAUAUAAUUAAUACAAUAAUAGUUCCCCACCCCACACCAGGAUUCCCAGGGCCCACUGCCCCACUCCUCCUCCUCAGGCUGCCCCUCAGCUCGGAGCUCAGCCCUGCCGUGUGGCUCUAGCUUGGCGCCCUCUGGGCGUUGACUGCUUUUCUGUGGUCUGGGAGGAGAUGUUGAGGCCCCUGAGGGAGGCGGUGGUGAAAUCUUGGCUUGCAGCCUCCAGCCCGCCCAGAGCCAGAGUCAGGCACGAGGCUAGGGCAACUCCGCCCCCCCCAGGGGCUGGCCCUGUGUUGGACAUUUCUUAACAGCAGGGCCACCAGGCAGAGCGGGACAGCCAGGAGGAAGGGCAACUUGGCAGAGCCUCAGGAUGGACCCCUUUGAGGACACGCUGCGGCGACUGCGGGAGACCUUCCACGCGGGGCGCACACGGCCAGCUGAGUUCCGGGCUGCGCAGCUCCGAGGCCUGGGCCGCUUCCUGCAAGAAAACAAGCAGCUUCUGCACGACUCACUGGCCCAGGACCUGCACAAGUCAGCCUUCGAGUCGGAGGUGUCUGAGGUUGCCAUCAGCCAGGGCGAGGUCACCCUGGCCCUCAGGAACCUCCGGGCCUGGAUGAAGGAUGAGCGUGUGCCCAAGAACCUGGCCACGCAGCUGGACUCCGCCUUCAUCCGGAAGGAGCCCUUUGGCCUGGUCCUCAUCAUUGCGCCCUGGAACUAUCCCCUGAACCUGACACUGGUGCCCCUCGUGGGUGCCCUCGCUGCAGGGAACUGUGUGGUGCUGAAGCCAUCAGAGAUUAGCAAGAACGUCGAGAAGGUCCUGGCCGAGGCGCUGCCCCGAUAUGUGGACCAGAGCUGCUUUGCCGUGGUGCUGGGUGGGCCCCAGGAGACGGGGCAGCUGCUGGAACACAGGUUCGACUACAUCUUCUUCACAGGGAGCCCUCGUGUGGGCAAGAUUGUCAUGACCGCUGCUGCCAAGCACCUGACACCUGUCACCCUGGAGCUGGGGGGCAAGAACCCUUGCUACGUGGACGACAACUGCGACCCCCAGACCGUGGCCAACCGCGUGGCCUGGUUCCGCUACUUCAACGCCGGCCAGACCUGUGUGGCCCCCGACUACGUCCUGUGCAGCCCCGAGAUGCAGGAGAGGCUGCUGCCCGCCCUGCAGAGCACCAUCACCCGUUUCUAUGGCGACGACCCCCAGAGCUCCCCAAACCUGGGCCGCAUCAUCAACCAGAAACAGUUCCAGCGGCUGCAGGCGUUGCUGGGCUGCGGCCGUGUGGCCAUUGGGGGCCAGAGCGACGAGAGCGAUCGCUACAUCGCCCCCACGGUGCUGGUGGAUGUGCAGGAGACGGAGCCUGUGAUGCAGGAGGAGAUCUUCGGGCCCAUCCUGCCCAUCGUGAACGUGCGGAGCGUGGACGAGGCCAUCGAGUUCAUCAACCGGCGGGAGAAGCCCCUGGCCCUGUACGCCUUCUCCAACAGCAGCCAGGUGGUCAAGCGGGUGCUGACCCAGACCAGCAGCGGGGGCUUCUGUGGGAACGACGGCUUCAUGCACAUGACCCUGGCCAGCCUGCCUUUUGGAGGAGUGGGUGCCAGUGGGAUGGGCCGGUACCACGGCAAGUUCUCCUUUGACACCUUCUGCCACCAUCGCGCCUGCCUCCUGCGCAGCCCGGGGAUGGAGAAGCUCAAUGCCCUCCGCUACCCGCCGCAAUCGCCACGCCGCCUGAGGGUGCUGCUGGUGGCCAUGGAGACCCGAGGCUGCAGCUGCACACUGCUCUGAGCCCUUCCCCAGGCCCAGGCCAGAGACCACCAUGACCGCUGUUGCCUGCAGCUGGUGGAGACGGGGCCUGGGCUCCAGGGCCCGAGGAGGAAAAGGAUCGCCAAGGCUCCAGGGCACCCCUCAAAGCAGCACCUGCCUCCUCCCUCCUGGAUCUUCCCUCUCCCUGCCUCAGCCUCCUCCCUCAGCUGCUCCCAACCACGAGAGCUGAGGUGGGAGGCAUGGGAAACAGUGCAGUGACCCACCCCCUGCCCCCGCACCAACCACCCAUGUUCAGGAGAAAAGGACAGACAUGGCGCCUCUGAGUCACCCCUCUCCUGUGGGGCAGGCGUCCGAAGGGCCCUGGCAUCUGACUCAGACCACACCAUGGAAUCACUGCAUCCAAGGCCAUCCCUGCCCUCUCUGAGUCUCAGUUUCUCCAUUUGUUCAGUGGAGAGAAUUAACCAUUGAUACCUGCUGGCUGGGUGCGGUGGCUCACACCUGUAAUCCCAGCACUUUGGGAGGCCGAGGCGGGCGGAUCACCUGAAAUCAGGAGUUCAAGAUCAGCCUGGCCAAAAUGACGAAACCCCGUCUCUACUAAAAAUACAAAAAUUAGCCCAGCGUGGUGGCGCAUGCCUGUAAUCCCAGCUACUCAGGAGGCUAAGGCAGGAGAAUCGCUUGAACCCGGGAGGUGGAGGUUGCUGUGAGCUGAGAUCGCAUCACUGAACUCCAGCCUGGGUGACAGAAUGAGGCUCUGCCUUAAAAAAAAAAAAAAAAAAACCCUCCUGGGACUGUUGCAAGGAUGAAAUGAGGGAUUGAGGGAUUGAGGGAUUGAGGGAUUGGGGGAUUGCUGAGCUGGAGCUCCAGGUGUCCUAUCUUUUCUCGGUGGGUGGCACGGAGCGAGGCCACCUCCCUCUUCUCUCCAGCCAGGUGGGGCUGUAGUUAUGUGAUAGGGUCUCCCUUCCCUCCAGACCAUGCCAGAGGAGCUUGGAACUCUUUAUCCUCACGGUGCCCACUACGAGUCAUACUCUUCCCCAUCCUGCUCAUCCUCCUGGGCCCCAUCCACUCAGUCAAAGCAGAAUACAGGGUUUCCUGUCUGACAACCCUUCUCACCUCCCAAGUCCCACUUUUGAACAAGUUGAUGAUUCUGAAACCGGCCCAAUUUCCUAACAAGCCGGAUGCUUGAGAAACCUACAUUUGGACAAUGACAGGCAGCUCCUGCGGCCUGCGGGCCACCUCCUCUUCCUUGGCUCCUGCUUUCUUUUCAGACUAUAUCAACCUACAACUUUAGUUGGGGAGGGGGAAAGGGGUGGACCUGAGUUUCGUCUCCUGUCUCUCUGGCUGAUGUCACCUGAAUAAAGCCUUCUUCCCUGGCAA